AUGGCCAGUGAAGUGCAGCUGAGGGUGGUGAUGACGUGCAGCGGGUGCUCGGGGGCCGUCACCCGGGUGCUGAACAAGAUGGAGAACGUGUCGUCCGUCGACGCCGACCUCGACACGCAGCUCGUCACGGUCAAGGGCACGAACCUGGACCCCGCGGAGAUCCUCGCAAAGGUCCAGAAAACGGGCAAGGCGGCCGAGCUCGUCAACUCCUAG